AUGAACACAAGAUCCAAGGGCAUUGAAUCUAUUCUACUUAACUUGGAAAUUGAGCAAACUAUUUCUCAUUUAAGAAAAGCAAAGAGGGGUGAAUCUAGCCAUUUAGAUCAAGUCAAAUUAUCAAGUGAAGGCGAAAAGGAACCAAUGGCUCAGCAAGAAGAACAAAAAAAAUUGAGAGAGUAUGCUAUGCCUAAGGUGGAUGGGAUUAGCUCGAGCAUUCAGAGACCAACAGUGCAAGCAAAUAAUUUUGAGAUCAAACCAUCCAUAAUUCAGAUGAUUCAGACAUCCGUUCAAUUUGGAGGUUUUCCAAAUGAUGAUCCCAACCAACACCUUAGUAAUUUUCUAGAGAUAUGUGACACUUUCAGGUUCAAUGGGGUGUCCGAUGAUGCAGUGAGAUUAAGGCUCUUUCCUUUCUCUCUUCGAGAUAAGGCUAAGAGUUGGUUGAGUUCGUUGCCACAAGGAUCCAUUACUACUUGGACUGAUUUGGCACAGAAAUUUUUGGCAAAAUUUUUCCCACCUGCAAAGACUGCAAAGAUGAGAAAUGACAUUACCUCAUUCAUGCAACAAGAUUCAGAGACUUUGUAUGAGGCUUGGGAGAGGUACAAGGAGCUAUUACGACGAUGUCCACAUCAUGGUAUUCCUGAUUGGUUACAAGUACAGACAUUUUAUAAUGGUUUAUUGGGACACACGAGAACAAUCAUAGAUGCUACUGCAGGUGGAGCACUUAUGGAUAAGUCAUUUGAUAAUGCUUACACCUUACUUGAAGACAUGGCUGCCAAUAAUUAUCAAUGGAAUCCUAAUAGGACUCCUCAAAGAAGGACUGCAGGUGUCUAUGAAAUUGAUGCAAUAUCUGCCUUGACUGCUCAGGUACAUGCUUUAACUAAGCAGUUAGCUCAAAAUGGAAUUCAUACACCUCAAGAAACUGUGGCAUCAUGUGAUUUAUGUGGAGGAAAUCAUCUCAGGGAGAGGUGUGGAUUGAACACAGAGUUUGCACAAUAUGUCGGCAAUUAUACCAGGCAACAAAAUAAUCCCAACUCGAAUUUCUAUAAUCCUGGAUUCCAUAACAAUCCAGUGCAAGACAAGGUUAAAUCAGUUGAGGAGUCUUUGAAUAAGUUCAUAGAGCAAACUGCAAAUCUUUUUCAGAAUCAAUCUGUGCAAAUUCAGAGUCAAGGAAUUGCAAUAAAAAAUAUAGAGAAUCAAUUGGGGCAACUGGCAAAUUCCAUGAAUUUUCGACCACAAGGUGCCUUACCGAGCAACACUGAGCAAAACCCAAAGCGAGAGGACAAAGAACAAUGCAAAGCAAUUUCAAGCCACCAAUCUCACGAGCAUACCAGCUUAUAUGCUCCACAAUCAGUUCCAAAGGAGAUAAGUAAAUAG